AUGGCACCGACAACCCGGAAUCAACUGAAGGCAACCCUAUACCUGCUCAGUGCCCUGGGGACAUACCACACCUGGGGGCGGACUGUCCUGGAUGGCUCAUUGUCCCACCUCCUGACGGCCCUUCAUGGACCGAAUCUACCCUAUAUCCUGCCUGGCACCGAGUCUCCGCUGCGGACGCGCAUCACGGGCAUCGUCUGGCCCAUUGAUUAUCUCCUGGAUAUGCUCCUGGUGUUUUUCUGGGAAGCCGUGGAUGGAUCCCAUCCGGCCACUUCUGCCAUUGGCAUUUACUUCCUGGCGCAGUAUCUCAGCGUGCUGACCGGGAUUUAUGUGGAUAGUGCGAGACGGAGCCAAUCCGGGAGGACCACUAUCCCCAUUGGUCUUAUCCUGGGCUAUCUUCUCCCGGCGGUGGCAAUGGCGCUCCCCUCGCCUGGCGUGGUAUCCAAUGAUUUUCAACAAUUGGCCCUGGUGGCAUGGAACCUCUUCCCCGCCCUGGUCUAUGUCAGCAUGCAGGUCUUUCAUUACGUGCUCCUUCUAGCUGGAGGAGACGGAGAGAAAUAUGCCACUACUGCUAGUACGCGCAGGACUACACUGCGAAUAGUGUACGCCGUCUCCCUUUGGAUCAGUUUUGCUGUCCACAUGGGUCUGCUGAGUAUCAGCCUGACCACCGUUCUCUUUCCGACCCUCUGGGCCCCCGAGACGCUGGACGACUUCCACCCGGCGAGACUACUGAUCCCUCCGGUUGCGGUUACCCCCACGCGCACGGUGGGAGACGGAGUGCUCAGUUUUUUCCUCUGGGACCAAUUGUUUGGAUAUAUUGUGGGAAUCUUGGUGGCCUGGUCGCAGUUACGCACUGUGCUUGUUGCCCGAGGGUGGUAUCAUCAGCGAUGGGCCGGGACAAAGGUCCUGGUAGGAAUUGUUGGUGGGGUCUUGAUUGCAGGGCCGGGAAGUGUGUGCCUUGGACUCAACUGGGUCCGGGAUGAACUGUUGAUGCUACCUACUACUGAUACGACUGUGGCCAAAGGCAACCGGAAAGAGGAGUAG